AUGGAGACCGUUAUUCCUGAUAGCGACGAAAUGACAAGCAGCCAGCAACCACACCCACCGAGCCUAAUUGGACGGAGUAUUUCGCUCGACUGUGCAUCACGACUCAGAACAUCCGACUGGGAUUUGUUCGUCCCGCCCAAGAAGUCCAGUAUCAGCAGUCCAGACACCAUCGAGAGAGCCCUUCAGACAAUUUGCCAAUUUAUCGACGAGAGCCAGAUCAUCGUCGAAGAGAAGAAGAGCUUUGUUCUCCAAGACCCCGCUGCCGAUACCUGGGGAAGUUGGGCAAACAAGGCAAUCAGCUUUAACACCAAAAAGGAUGGCGCAGCAGUCGUCCCCGUUGAGAUGAAUAAAGAGAGUCCUGGUGAGCGCCCAAACUGGAUUCGAACAAUCAUCGGCCUCCGACGCGGUGUUUUCAAACGCUGUCCAUGUGGAAUUGGCCCCGCUCACUACAAGGGUCGUUUGGGUGACUACAUCGCGACAGUCACUAGGGAUGAAUACAAGUGUCUGGAAGGGUACUGCAGCUGUGAGAUACCGACCCGCUCGGAUUGGCAGGAUGAAUUGUAUGCGACCGAAAAGAAGAGAGAGAUCGUCGAGUUUUUUAAGCCAGAACUCGAGGUCGAUUUGCAACACCGCGAAGAAGAGAUCAAAGAAUAUCUUAAUGGCGAGGCCGGGUUGUAUCCGAAGGGCUUUUCACUCAUGAAAAGAGAAUAUGAAGAUUCGAAGCCAGAUAAUGCAAAUAAGAAACCUCGCAUACAGUCACCCUUGCUUCGUCCAAAGUCAUCGCAAAGCCACCUCAGCACAAAUGAAGUCCAAAUCCCUUUCAAUGCCGAAGAAUCGGAGACUUUCGACGGGCUAUGCACUUUCAGCCCAAACGCGACAGGAGCAGAAUCCCCAACAUCGACACCGACCGAAAGCGGCACCAUGAAGGAACCAUCCACCGGUUCUGCCAUCAUGCCCUCCCCUGGAGCAUCUACCUCUCUCACCCAGGACUCAGUCAUCCCAGAAAGACCCCCCACCCCAGUUUCAACCGCCGGGUGCCGCAUCAAGAGAACUCCGAAGGAGAGACAGGAGGGUUCCAAGUUCAUUUCCGACUACGUGGGACAGGGAUAUUCAUACGAUCAGAUACGAGAACCGUACCGGCAUGAAUUUGGCAUCUGGCGUAGUUCUACAGCACUGUACAAUCACUCCCUUAAUCGCAAGAGAUAUGGGGGGGGCAAAUCAUACAUUGAGAUCUUAUUCGAUCCGGUGAGAGAAUAA